AAACUUUACGGGGCGUGUGGGGCGGUGGCUGGCCUGGUGGGGGCGGGGGCUGCUCCUUAAAGGAGCCGUCAGAGGGUGUCCUGCGAUCCCUAGGCUUCUCCUCUUCCCCAGAGCCAGAAGGGGCCAGGGUGGGGAGGUGCCGCUGCUGGAGUUCUUGGUGGAGUAUGGGAAGGCAGCCAGGUGUUGGCUUCACAGACCUCUAGAGCCUGAGAAGAGGCAGCGAUCCUGGGGCAGAGUCCAGGGCAGUGCAAGGCUCCUCCGCACACACCCGCUGAACCCUGAGCGCCCUGAGCUGCGGGGAUGGGGCGGGCCGGGGCCGCCGCCAUGAUCCCGGGCCUGGCCCUGCUCUGGGCAGCAGGGCUGGGGAGUGCCACCCCCAGUCCCCCACGCCUUCGGCUCUCCUUCCAAGAGCUCCAGGCCUGGCAUGGUCUACGGACCUUCAGGCUGGAGCGGACCUGCUGCUACGAAGCCUUGCUGGUGGAUGAGGAGCGUGGACGCCUGUUUGUGGGGGCCGAGAACCACGUGGCCUCCCUCAGCCUGGACAACAUUAGCAAGCGGGCCAAGAAGCUGGCCUGGCCGGCCCCUGUGGAAUGGCGAGAGGAGUGCAACUGGGCAGGGAAGGACAUUGGUACUGAGUGCAUGAACUUCGUGAAGUUGCUGCAUGCCUACAACCGCACCCACUUGCUGGCCUGCGGUACAGGGGCCUUCCACCCAACCUGUGCGUUUGUGUUGGUGGGCCAUCGGCUAGAGGAGCCCGUGCUCCAGCUGGACCUGCAAAAGCUAGAGGAUGGCAAAGGGAAGAGUCCUUACGACCCCAGGCAUCGGGCUGCCUCCGUGCUGGUGGGGGAGGAGCUAUACUCAGGGGUGGCGGCAGACCUCAUGGGCCGGGACUUUACCAUCUUUCGCAGCCUGGGCCAGCGUCCGAGUCUCCGAACGGAGCCACAUGAUUCCCGCUGGCUCAACGAGCCCAAGUUUGUCAAGGUCUUCUGGAUCCCCGAAAGCGAGAACCCGGACGACGACAAAAUCUACUUCUUCUUUCGUGAGUCAGCUGUGGAGGCGGCGCCGGCAAUGGGACGCCUGUCCGUGUCCCGCGUUGGCCAGAUCUGCCGGAACGACGUUGGCGGCCAGCGCAGCCUGGUCAACAAGUGGACGACGUUCCUGAAGGCGCGGCUAGUGUGCUCGGUGCCGGGCAUUGAGGGCGACACCCACUUCGACCAGCUCCAGGACGUGUUCCUGCUGUCCUCGCGGGACCGCCUGAUCCCUCUGCUCUAUGCCGUCUUCUCCACAUCCAGCGGCAUCUUCCAGGGCUCCGCGGUGUGCGUGUACAGCAUGAACGACGUGCGCCGGGCCUUCCUGGGACCCUUUGCGCACAAGGAGGGGCCGACGCAUCAGUGGGUGUCAUACCAGGGUCGUGUCCCCUACCCGCGGCCUGGCAUGUGCCCCAGCAAGACCUUUGGCACCUUCAGUUCCACCAAGGACUUCCCAGACGACGUCAUCCAGUUUGCUCGGAAUCACCCCCUCAUGUACAACUCUGUCCUGCCCAUUGGGGGGCGCCCUCUCUUCCUACAAGUGGGAGCCGGGUACACCUUCACCCAAAUUGCUGCGGACCGGGUGGCAGCUGCUGACGGACACUAUGAUGUCCUCUUCAUUGGCACAGACGCCGGCACAGUGCUGAAGGUGAUCUCAGUCCCCAAGGGUGGCAGACCUAACGCCGAGGGGCUGCUCCUGGAGGAGAUGCAGGUGUUUGAGGACUCAGCUGCAGUCACCAGCAUGCAAAUCUCCUCCAAGAGGCACCAGCUGUAUGUAGCCUCGCGGAGCGCCGUGGCCCAGAUCGCGUUGCACCGCUGCGCUGCUCAUGGCCGCGCCUGCGCUGAAUGCUGUCUGGCGCGAGACCCCUACUGUGCCUGGGACGGAGUCGCGUGCACCCGCUUCCAGCCCAGUGCCAAGAGGCGGUUCCGACGACAAGACGUCAGGAAUGGCGACCCCAGCUUGCUGUGCUCUGGGGACUCAUCUCGUCCCGCGCUGCUGGAGCGGAAGGUGCUUGGCGUAGAGGGUGGCAGCGUCUUUCUGGAAUGUGAGCCCCGUUCGCUGCAGGCGCGCAUGGAGUGGACCUUCCAGCGCGCCGGGGAGACGGCCCACACCCAGGUGCUGACAGAGGAGCGCGCCGAGCGCACCGCGCGGGGGCUACUGCUGCGGGGACUGCGACGCCGGGACUCGGGCGUGUAUCUGUGUGCGGCGGUCGAGCAGGGCUUUUCGCAGCCGCUGCGUCGCCUGGCGCUGCACGUGCUGAGUGCUGCGCAGGCUGAACGGCUGGCACGGGCCGAGGAGGCUGCGCCCGCCCCGCCCCCGGGCCCCAAACUCUGGUACCGGGACUUUCUGCAGCUGGUGGAGCCGGGCGGCGGUGGCGGCGCGAACUCCCUGCGCAUGUGCCGCCCUCAGCCUGCGCUGCGCCCACCGCCCCCAGAGUCGCGGAGGAAGGGCCGGAACCGGCGGACGCACGCCCCUGAGCCGCGUGCUGAGCGGGGGCCACGCAGCGUAGCGCACUGGUGACCGGGCUGGCCCCACGCCUGGGACCAGGCAGGAGACGACAGGCAGGAGAGGGAGCAGACAAACCCUGGGCAGACGGACGCGUUGGGGCCGGGCACAUUGGGGCCCUGGUGGACAGAGACACCAACUGACAGGCCCUGGCCUUAGGGCAGCUGUGCGGGCUUAUUUAUUAACAGGAUAACCUUUGAAUUUAGCCCCGAGGAGGGCGGUCCAGGCUGGGCACAGGAUCCAGCCAGGAGGGAGGGGACAGAGAAGCCAGGCUUCAGAGCAACGGAACCACGAGGGCCCACCUGGGAAGUGCCCAGAGUGCCCCACCCUUGGGGACAGACUCCUUCCUUGGGCAGUGAGCAGAAAGCUGUGAACAGGCUGGGUUGCUGGGGGCGGGGGGAGGCAGGCCGCCUGUACUAAAGUAAUGCAAUAAACACAUUAUCAGCAGAAGCUGGAAUGGCCCCAGCAGACAACC